UCAGCUAUGACAGGGGAUCUACAUUCAACGUGUUUGUGGGAAAAGGUCAACUUAUUGCUGGGAUGGACAAAGCUCUGGUCGGCAUGUGCGUGAACGAGCGGCGCUUCGUGAAGAUUCCCCCCAAGCUCGCCUACGGAAGCCAAGGCGUCUCUGGUGUGAUACCCCCCAACGCUGUGCUCCAUUUUGAUGUGCUGCUGAUCGAUCUCUGGAACUCGGAGGACGAAGUGCAGGUUCAGACUUACUUCAAACCUGAGAAGUGCCCUCGGACAGUCCAGGUGUCUGACUUUGUACGAUACCAUUACAAUGGGACCUUCUUGGAUGGGACCUUGUUCGAUUCAAGCCAUAAUCGGAUGCGAACUUACGAUACCUAUGUGGGAAUUGGAUGGUUGAUUCCUGGUAUGGACCAGGGUCUCUUGGGAAUGUGCGUAGGAGAGAAGCGCAUUAUCACAAUACCACCUUUCCUGGCGUAUGGAGAAGAAGGAGAUGGUAAGGAGAUCCCUGGCCAAGCUUCUCUCGUCUUUGAUGUGGUUUUGCUGGAUCUCCAUAACCCCAAAGAUGGUGUUACUAUUGAGAACCAGCACGUGCCUGAAUCUUGCGAGCGGAGAAGCCAGACGGGAGACUUUCUGCGAUACCAUUACAACGGCACGCUUCUGGAUGGCACGUUGUUUGAUUCCAGCUAUUCCCGAAAUCGUACGUAUGACACCUAUGUCGGGAAAGGUUAUGUGAUUGCUGGGAUGGAUGAAGGUUUGCUAGGUGUGUGCACUGGGGAAAAAAGAAGAAUAAUAAUCCCCCCACAUCUGGGGUAUGGAGAAGAAGGAAGAGGAAAGAUCCCAGGAUCUGCAGUGCUGGUCUUUGACAUCCACGUGGUUGAUUUCCACAACCCCUCAGAUUCGGUCAGCAUUACUGUCAACUACAAACCUUCCAACUGCACCGUACUCAGUAAGAAAGGAGAUUAUUUGAAGUAUCACUACAAUGCUUCACUCCUGGAUGGUACUCUGCUAGACUCCACACACAGCCUGGGCAAGACCUACAACAUAGUUCUGGGAUCUGGACAGGUGGUGGUGGGGAUGGACAUGGGCCUUCAAGACAUGUGCGUUGGGGAACGACGGACAGUCGUUAUUCCACCUCAUCUUGGUUAUGGAGAAGAUGGUGUUGAAGGAGAAGUGCCUGGUAGUGCUGUGUUAGUUUUCGACAUCGAACUGCUGGAACUGGUGUCGGGCUUGCCUGAAGGGUACAUGUUUGUGUGGAAUGGGGAAGUGUCUCCCAAUCUUUUUGAAGAAAUAGACCAGAAUCAUGAUGGAGAGGUUCUUUUGGAGGAG